AUGCUUUGGUCAGCGCGGGAAAUUGUCAUCCUAAAACAAGAUCAAGAACUAUGCAGACAGGAAGGAGGGCGAGUGAGCGCACCUGUAGAAAAGACUGACGAUGGAUCAGUAAAAGUGAAAACCGAACCUACCAUCAUCAAUAAAUCUUUAGAGGGUAGAAUCCAACUACAUCGCAUAACACGUGCCACCGAUCCUGGUAAAAGAAAAAAGAAGUCGGGUAAAAGAUCACGAUGUGCUAAAAAGUGCCGUAAGGGGCCCAGAGGUCCACGAGGUCCACGAGGUCCAAAAGGUCCAAAAGGUCCAUCCGGCGGCCCGGUAGGUCCACCAGGGCUUCCGGGUCCUCCAGGAGUAACAGGAUUACCAGGAAGUGAGGGGGCUCCGGGUAGUAUAGGACUUCCCGGUAUAAAGGGUGACAAAGGCGAUCCUGGGAUGUCGGUGACGGCCUUCGCUGCUCAUUUUAUACCAGAUCGACUUCAUCGUGAGCUCUCAAGCGUAGACUCUGAAACUAACCAAGUAAUGGAGUUCCUGUCAACUCAAUCCCUCGGAAACUGGAUCAAGUCACCAAUAGAACGACUUCACAAUGGCAAAUUUAGAGUGAAGUUCACGGGAGUCUAUCUGCUCUAUCUAAACGCCCAGUUGUAUGUUUAUGAUGUUCAUUAUGCGGUGGCGUUGUAUAUUGGUGCGAUUGACACGGACCCAGACCUUAUGUGUUCGGUUGCUACGGAAACGAUUCUACCCCAUCAAGAGGAAACGAAAUACAACAACGCUAGGACAAAAUCAUGCUCGACUGUAGGCACGUUCCAUAUAAGAGCUGGCCAAGAAAUAGCUGUGGUCAUGCAGGAAACACACAGGGCAAUUCUUAUAAAGGAUGGCACGAACUUUGGUGCUAUUUUACUAAAUUCUGGCUGA